GCGCGCAAAAAGAGCUCAAUGUCGAGCGAAGUCCCUUGCCGUCAAGCAAAAGACGUAAAGGUCGAAUGAUGUGAUUUUGGCAAAGUAUUUUUGCCGUUGUGGGCGUCGUGUGGGAAAGUGCUCAGUCAGACACGGGGUCUCGUAUUUUUGGGCUGUGUUGCGUUGCCGUUGCCCCCCUGGUUGUCGCCGUUGCCAGGUUAGUUCCAGACUCUCGCCAGCUUUCGUGAAUCCCUCAACUGCAACGUUGUCUCCAAGCGCAAAAACACAAACUCCCGCAGACGUUGCCAGAAGGAAGAAGCGAUUGACGGCGGUCUCGGCAGGAGACUGAGAAGAAACGAAGGAAAGUAGAACACGAAAAGAAGCAGGCAGGUUGGUGAGCAGGCACACGAAAGCAAGAAUCAGGAGGAGAGGAAAUCAGAUCGACGCCACAACAGGGGUCUGCAUACCGGAUUUAGAGAGCGAAAAUGCGGCUGGCAGCCUGCAGCAAGCAACAGCAACGGCCUUUUGCGCCUGUCAAGAAAAGGGGAUCCGACGACUUCCCGUCGGCCUCAACGCCCAUCAGCCCGGCCACCGUCGCGCACCAGAAGGGGCCAAGCGCCGAAAAACAGUGGUGGUUGGUGGUGGCUCCCACGCUUCAAUUGGCCAGAUGUGGUUGGCGGGACAGGACCACGACACUGCACGAGUAGUGUACCACCACUCAGCUGCUUCCAGCCACCGGAGACUGUGGCUCGAUUUUCCUCCUGCUUUCCAGCCAUUUCCCCCUGUGUUGGUUGAUAACCGUUUCAGCGUCUGUAGGCAGGAUUUUCCCCGCCGCCAUAUGUUGUGGAGUUGAUCGCCAGCUUGGAAAACUUGGCUACAGAUACCACGUCAAAUCAGCCCCGCCCUCGAUCCGAUCUCCAACACCAAGAGAUGGGGUUAUCAAGGCAUGGCUUGCUGGAGGGCGGGCUGCUGGUCGACCGUAUACAGACCUCAUCGCGGUCGCCGUCUGUUGGUCCUCUAUGCGAAUGGGCUGCGGGUGGUUCCUCCCGUCCUCUUGUCGUCUGAUCUUUUUCGAGGCGUCUUUGAUCAAGAUAGGGAAGUAUUUGACCAUGAGGAGGUGAACUGCGGCCGCCCUUGGCAAUCCCGCUUUUUGGUAAAACAUACCCCUCUAUAUUACAUCAUGCCAUGUUCCUGGAAGGCUUCGAUAACUUUGGCCUUGGUUGCGACAAGUUUGAGGCUCGGGUGACGCGUUGGCUCUUCACUGUCAAAGCAGCUGGGUUCCUGGCCUAGCUCUUUGAGCAGAUGAUGACUCCACAGCAUCCGGCACGCCGCAUGCCGGCGGUAUCCGCUUCUCCGGCCAUAGCCUCCGGUAGCUAACCUCACAGUGCUGCCGGCUCGGCGCGGACCCGGAGGCCUGGUCCGGACCAGCACUGCGCUUGGCAUCUCCGUCCAAACCUGCAAAACAUCACAUAGGGUCUUCCUGGAGGGCUACAUAGCACUCUGCUUAUAUUACAUUACAUUAUUAAAAGUGGCUCUCUGAUAUCAUGAAUCUCAUCGAAUACCUACAAUAGCGAGAGCACUGUUCUUCUCUCCAGUCGUUGGACUUUUUGUCACACAAACUUGUACUACUGUUCACUCCCAGAAUUUAUCACACAGCAACUGUCCUACACAAUGUCUGCGAACCCUGAUUCCGUCGGUAACCAAGGCGAGUUCCGCUCAAGAGUGCCUCCCUCGAGGCCAAUGGAUACCCAUGGCCACCAAAUCGGUCAGCCCAUCGGCAGAGAAGCUAUCCCCGAGUUCCAUGCCAAAACCUACCCGCCCGGCUCGGCGCCCAAAGAGUCAACCUUCUAUCCCAACCCCAUCCAUGAGAUUCCCGGCCAAGCAAUGAAUCCAAACAUGGACCCUUCGCUACGUACAAGUGCUCUCGACAUCCCUGGCGCCGACAGCAAAGAAAUCUACAAUGAGUCCGGUGCCGGUUCCCGCCCGAUCGAAGGCCAGACAGCCAACGAAAUUAGACACGAAAAGGCAAGAAAGACGGAUCGGUUGGGCAUCGCUGCUCAUGGUGGCACAGACACAACUGGCGAUGGUUCGAUCGGAGGGAUCUUGAGAGAGAGGGGCAUGGAACUUCCGGGAGAUAAGGAGAGGAAGGUGCUUGGGAAGGGUAUUUCGGCCACGGAGAGAGAUGCGGCAACAUCGGAGGAGAUUGGGUCUGGUGGGAGAGGCUAGUUCGAGGUGCGAGACGUGUCAUGUAUGAUGAGUGUUGUGAAGACGGAUCAAAUGUUCCUACUGUUUGCUUAAUAUGAGUGAUGAUUUUCAUAAAAUUUACAUGAUC